GCCUUUUAACACUUUCCAGAUGUUACACUGGCAGUAACUUAUAUUUCGCCAUCUGCUUCUUACGAGGCAACUGUUCUAUAUAUACGCUACCUGUAUUCAAGACUUUGCUAUGAGAGUAAAAUUGUAUCUGCUGCUCAUAAGCGCGUGUUUUUGGUGCGGUGUGUAUUCUCAAAGCGGAAGCAGCCAACCAUGCCCUACGACUUGCCCUACGUAUUCUAAAUGUUCCACGAAUGGAACUUGCGAGUGCGAAAGCGGGUUCUUAUCUAUGUCCGGCAAAUGUGUCGCGGACAUUUUACUCGAGUGCAAAUCACACGAAAUCACAAUUCAAAUUCAGGAAGAUGUUUUCAAAACGGCCAAGUUUAACGUGGACACUGCCGUCGUUGGUGGUAAUACUUCAUGCACAGCAACCGUACAGGGGGACAACAUUAUUUUCAAGUUCGCCAAUGAUGAUUGCAGCACAACAGUCUUGAGAAACGAUACUCACACCAGUUACUCCAACUUCAUCCAAACUAGCGCCACAAUAGAAGAUAAAAUUACGUACGGUUCUCGUGGCAGAAUUCCGUUCACAUGUGUUUUCCCGCACACGUCGAAUAUUUCAGUUGCUUAUAACGCUACACUUUCCAUGAACCCCUUACCUGACGUUGCGCCAGUAACGGGCAAGUUUGACAUCGAUUUUCAGCUCGUUAAAAACGACUACAACACUGUUCAGGGUCGGAGAAUUUUUUUGACUAAUGAAACGCUGUACUUCAAAGCUUCAUUGAACAAUGCGGACACUGAUCAGUUGCUUGUUUUUGAUCGGUGCUGGGGAAGCCCCUUUGUGGAUGGUUCGGAUAAUUAUGACCUAAUAGACGGCGGAUGUCCUAAGGACGCCGUUGGUAACUCAGUUAAAAUUAAUUCCAACGGAGUGGCUUCGGAUUCAUCGUUCAGUGUUAAAGCUUUUAAAUUCUCUGAGUCUGGACCUCAAGUUUACGUGUUCUGCACAAUCACAGUGUGCCAUAAUAAUUCGGAGACGUGUAAGCCGAGUUGCAACUCUAGAAAAAAACGACAAAGUGAGGGAAAUGGGUUAUCAGACAAAUCUAAAACUUCGGAACCACCAGUUCAAAUGAUGAUCGGCCCAAUGAUGUUUAAAGAGCCGUACGUUUUUACAGAUCAGAGCCCUUCUGGUCUAUCACAACCGUCUUUAUUGCUUGAUCCGUUUAUUAUGGGACUGAUUGCAACUCUGGCCGCAAUAAUCUUUAUCACUUGUCUUAUCGUCCUCAUACUCGUUUGUGUGAGAAGACGCCGCCGACAGAAAGAAAAGGAAAAUGCUUCAGAUAUGGUGGAAGGAGUCUAUUGCAAGACAAAAGGAAUCUUUAACUCAGCUUACCUUGAAUAGCCUUGGUCGCAUAUUGCCAAGUAGUCGUGUAUUAAACAUAGUUUAGCCUUAGUAUAUAUUAUAACUUGUUUAGCAUGUUUUCCGAUCGACUCGUGUUCUUAUUGAUAAUCCAGAAAAAUAAAUGUGUUGUUCGUGUGGUUGUGAUGUUUUCUUCAGAUAUUUUAUACUGUAUAAAUCCCAUACAAAAUAAAACUAAUAUCCCAUAUAUCAGCUUGUACUUUUUCUGUAUUUUAUAACAUUUUUUCCUACUGCAACUAAAAUUGCACAAGUGCAAAUAACAUUUUAAAGUUUUAUUUACAGAAAUACGAACGGUCAAAAGUGAUCGAAAAAGUAGCAAUGAAAUGCUUUUGAAUUAAUCCACGAUAACUAUUUCAACGAGAUAACAAAAAUGGCGAUGUAGUGGGGUUGGGAAGGAUGGAAAUCCCAUUUGUUAGUAAAC